AUGUCAAAGAAAGAAGAAAAGGAGCUCGCAAGUGCGUUUUCAGACUUCCGCAGGGAAAUGCGGGCUGAAAUGAGGCAAAUAAAAGAUAGUCUGCGCUUCUGUAGCGACACCUGUGAUGAAGUUAAGGCAAUUACUGGUGACAUCAAGGCGUUACAUCAAGAAAUAAAAGCGUUAACAGCUCAGAAUCAACAUCUCAAAGCGGAAAACGAGAGACUUGAAAAGAAAGUGGACGAGCUCGAACAAUAUCAGCGAAGUAAUAACCUGGAAAUCAGGGGUGUGCCAGAGGAGCUCGACUCGACCUCAGUGAUAAAAAAGAUCGGUGAACUUGUUGGUGAAGCGGUAACUGAUACUGAUAUCGACAUUUGCCACCGGGUGCCCACGGCCCGCAGAGAGGAUAAGAACAUCGUUGUACGGUUCAUAUCGCGAACCAAGCGCAACACGUUCCUUGCCAAGUCAAAAAAAAAGAAGCUGUCAUCUGAAGAUGUCGGAUAUAAGGGCACAGGCAUCACUACCAUUUACGUGAAUGGGCACUUAACACGACAGAACAAGCAACUUCUUGGGGCUGCCCUUGCGGAAAAGAAAAAAGCCGGAUGGAAAUACGUCUGGGUCAGCUCGGGUAAAAUUUUGGCACGGAAAGAUGAACAGACCGAUGCCAUUCGAAUUGCAAACAAGCAAGAUAUCGCCCACAUCAAAUAA